GUUAUAUCCCAUCGAUAAUUUGGUUGUUCUCUCAUAACAUUCAUUAUGCCAUCCUCAUCUAUAAAACCUUCCGUUCUUUUAAUCGGUUCUUUACGACACGCGCCUGAAGAGUGGAAAGCUCUUGGCGAACAUGCUAACUUAAAGGUAUUCUGCGAUGAAAGUCGUGAAGAGUUUUUUAGAAAAUGCAAAACUGAGUUUCAAGACGUUAAGGGAAUCAUUCGUACUUUCGAAACUAAGUUUUUCAUGGGUAUAUUUGACGAAGAAGUUAUUGAGCACCUUCCUUCUUCUGUUAAAUUCAUCUGCCACGUCGGUGCUGGUUACGAAACUGUGGAUGUUGAUGCUUGUACGAAACGUGGAAUCCGGGUCGCAAACUGUCCUGUCGCUGUAGACGAUGCAACGGCCGAUACAGGUAUUUUUUUGAUGCUUGGCGCGUUCCGUCGCUUCAACCAAGGACUCUUUAGCUUACGUGAAAAGCGCUGGAGAAAUGACUGUCGCCUACCUUCUCACGAUCCUGAAGGAAAGACCCUUGGUAUCCUCGGCAUGGGUGGUAUCGGCAGAACAGUAGCAAAGCGCGCUCGUGCAUUCGACAUGAAUAUCAUCUAUCAUAACCGUCAUCAACUCGAUGAAAAAGACGCUGGCGGUGCUAAAUAUGUCCAAUUUGAUGAGCUUUUGGCUCAGUCAGACGUCUUGUAUUUGAGCUUGCCCUUGAACAAGCACACACAUCACAUCAUCGGCAAAGAAGAGUUCAAAAAGAUGAAGCGCGGCAUUAUCAUCGUCAAUACUGCCCGUGGUCCCGUAAUGGAUGAGGAUGCUCUUGUCGAGGGCUUGAAAGAAGGUAUUGUGUAUUCUGCCGGACUUGAUGUGUAUGAGCAUGAACCUCAAGUUCAUCCUGGUCUUAUGGAAAACCCAAAUGUGAUUCUUCUUCCUCAUUUGGGUACCAAUUCUUUGGAAACUCAGCACAAGAUGGAAGCUUUUAGCCUUGAAAACUUGAAGAGUGGUGUCUUAAACGACAAGCUUAUUAGUCCUGUUCCUGAACAGAGAAAUAUGUAACUGUAAGAAUCAUGAAUGAUUCUACGAGGAACUUAAUUUUUCUAAAAUCUAUUUGCUGCUUUUCUUGCUUACGUAUAUUUACUACCCCUUAAAUUUUACCCUAGACAUGACUUUCACAGUAAUGAAUUCUGUUUGCCGUCAUAGACUAUUGAUGUUAUUUCAUUUAUAAACUGAGCCAACCAUCACCCGUCGGUUAUACCAGACCCAAAAAAUCCUUCCCAACAG